UACCUGUUGGCUAAUACGUCGGGCUGAGACACCUGUUAGACAGAGAAAGACUUUUCCUCUGUUCACACCAACCACGCUCUCUAGGACACAGAUUCUCAACAAAUCUUCCUGUGCUGGAUACAAAGUGACAACAGUGGCCUGCAAAGAAAAGAGAAGAAAGAAGAGAGCGAGAACCCCGUGAAACAAGCAUGUCAAAAGAGGGAGACAGAGCGUCCGUGCUGCGUACCACCAAAGUCCGGACAAGGCUGAGGGGAGACGCCAGCUGGUUGCAACGCAGCAAUGACUCUAAGGAUGAAACGCAGGAGGAGAAACCAUGGAUAGCAGAAGUUAAAGCCAGCCGUCUGAGCGGAGCCCCUGCUGAUACCAGUCCAGUGUCUUCGCCAACAAAUUCUACUCCGCCACCAACCAAGUCUGACACCGAGAGGCAGCCAACAUCCGGAUACCUUAUCAGGGGUGUUUUCACUAAAGUGGACAAGCCUCCAUCCUCACCAUCUAACGGCUUUAGCAAAACACUGCAAUUCAACAAAAAGCCUUCAGAGACCUACAAGAAAAUAGCCCCCCACACUGUGCGGUCUGCUGCAGAGAAACAGGAGGGCCAGCUUAGCCUCGAGGAGCAGGAGAAGCGGACGGAGAAAGCCAGUAAUGUUCUGAGGAAAUCUGCAACCAGGCAACGGUCUUACGUGCUUUCAGCUGCAAAGAAAUACGAGUCUCAAGAAACGCCCGACACAUCGCUCAGCAAUAGCAGUCCAGCAUUUGUGGCUACAAGGGUGGAGAUUACUGAUGAUGAUGAGCCUUCUGAGACUCCUGCACCUGCCAGCGCUGUGCUGCCAUCCCCUGUUGUUCCUGUCACAUCUGUUGCAUCCAAGCCUGCGCCCGAACCUCAGAAAAUUGCUGACACCAGCACUAAGACAGCUGCUGCUGUGAGUGUUAAUGAGCCGGUUGCUCCAAAGUUGGAGAAGAAGGCCACCCCAGAGCCUGCAAAAGAAGAGACCCCUCAAGUGUCUGUUACAAAAGAACAGCCAACUUUUGACACCAAGGUGGCUGCUCCCCUCCCUGAUUGUCCUCAAGUAGCCUCUAAAGAGCCACAACCCAAAGAGUCUGGCCAAACUAAAACGCCUCUGGUUGAUCUUUCACCACCAUCGAUGUCCCCAAUAUCAUCUAAUCAAAAGUCCCCUGAGUCGACCACUGCAGUGUCUCCUGUCCCGACCUCCACUGUCACCAAAUCACCUGCACCUGUGUCCCCUGAUGUGACUUCAACUCCUGCAAAAUCAGAUGUCAAAGUGUCUCCUGUCCUGACCUCAACUGUCACCAAGUCACCUGUCCCAGUGCCUGCUGUAACAGAAUCUGGACUGAACACAAAACCUGAACCCAAAAUGGAACCAGAGCCACAGACUAAAUUGCCUCCAAAACCAAGCUCCACUGCUGACAGGCUCACUGCUCUGUCCGACACUCUGAUUUCUUUCAACACCAGUUCAUCCAGUAGCUUUAAGAAUGAUGAGGAAGCCCUGGCAAACGAAAAAGGAGACUCAGUGGACGAUCACCCCACAGAGAACAGUGCUGAACAGAAGCCAGCUUCAGAGCUCAACAACUGUGAACCAAUAACAGACGAUCUCCUGGGUUUCAGUGAUGGUCCAGAGGAGCCAGCAGAGCCUGUUCCCCCCAGCCCAGGACGCUGGAGUCAGGAUCUGCUUAGUGGAAUGGACAGUAAGCCAAACCCAUUGAAGACCAGCGGCACUCUGGAUCUUCUGGCAAAUGAUGUCAUUGUAAGAGGCACAGAGGCACACAGCCUCAGCAUGCAGCGAGAGGAGGAGAAGCAGACAGACAAGACAGCCAAAGAAACACAAAGUGAAGAGGACAAUGCGGAUCCCUGGAGCUCGCGUGUGACAACAGUGACAACCGUAGUCACUAAAUCAAGCUCGGCUGAUCCAUUUGAUCCAUAUCCGAUAGGGACCACAUCCCCUAACAGCUCCUCUGACCUGCGCCAGCCCCUCUCUGAUAGUUCCAUCAACAGUAUGGGCAGUAAUGCCUUGCGGUCCCUUGCAGAUGACAUCAUCCCUUUCAACACUGACAAAACAAGCACUCAGCGGUCAUGGGAAACCAGCACAGCCCAGGAGUCGAACACAGAGGAGAGCCAAGAAGCGCAACCAGAAGCAGAAGGCCAAGCUGAAGAUCAACAGACAGUCAUCAAGUUUGAGAGGAAGUAAGUGAUCUUGGAUAUUGGCUCCUUUUUA